UUUGGUUGAGAGGCGCCCCGGGAGUUGAAGGGCUGUGAGUGGUUUAUGCCGACGCUGGGAGACGGGGUGCUCUGAGGAUGAAUGGAGGAGCUCUCCCUCAGUUCGACAACAAAGAGCACGUUUUAAAGUUGGGCGGCAGCUUUGACAAGCGACCCCAGUGUGGCUUCCACACCAUCCGAUAUGAUUUCAAGCCUGCGUCCAUUGACACAACAUGUGAAGGAGAUCUUGAAGUGGGCAAAGGGGAACAAAUUACAAUCACCUUGCCAAACAUAGAGGGAUCAACGCCACCCAUGUCAGUGUUUAAAGGCUCAAAGAGACCGUACUUAAAAGAAUGUAUUCUCAUAGUAAAUCACGACACUGGGGAAUAUCGGCUUGAAAAGUUAGAAAAUUGAAUAGCUCUUUCACAGACCCAGGCGGAAGGAAGUAGCAAAAUCCAAUCUCGCCUUGAUCAGCAGACCAAUCGCCUUGGGCAGCAAGUGCGCCCCAGUGCCAAGGCCUCCUUUGUACCAAAGAGUUCGCCUCCAAAGGAAAAGUUGUCGCCGGCUUCUCAAAUGGAUGACAUUGAACGAGAGCUGAUGGCAGAGGUUGGCGCCAUGGACCAGAUGAGUACAUCGGACAGCUCGUCGGACUCCAAGGGCUCCUCGUCGUCCUCCUCGAGCAGCGAAAGCUCCAGUGAUUCUGAAGAUGAGGCACUUAAGCCGGCUGAACCUCUACCUCCCACAGUGCCUUCGUCUCACGUUUCAAUGCCGCUAAUAUCAACGUCACUACCUCAGGAUGCUGUCAACAAACCUGAAGAAACUCUGAAUACAUUACGAAGUGAUCUGCAACUAAGUGACUCUGGAAGUGACAGCGAUUGAGUGAAAGGAGCUUUGUUGUGCAAGGACAAAUGCAGAGGCAAACUUGGCAAUAUCACAAACAUUUGGCAGCUGUUUUGCUCUGCAAAGCAAAUCGGGAACUUGCCUUAAAAAGAAGAAAAUGGGCUCUGUGUGGGUGUGUGUAUAUGUGCUUGCAGGUUCAGAUAAAUAUAUUUUAAUAAAUCUUUUGCAGAAUGGAAGUACCUUCUGCUCGAACUCAGUGUGAGAUGCCAAUAAGUUUUAAGUAUGACUAAUGGUAUCUUGUCAAUCUUUUUUUUGUCCACUGCCUUAAUGGUCUUUGAAGAAAUAAUUGUCUCCACCAAAUUAUUUAGGUGUGUUUCUUGCUGAAGUCAGACCUUGGAAGUUUUGAAUGUUCAUUUUACAGGUUCAAAGUUGGAAAGGAGGAUUUCUUAUUUUUAAAUGGAAAACACUUUUUAAAUCCAAAAAUGAGUAAGCUUGUUUUCACUCUUAAUUAAUGUUAUUCACAGGGAAAUGACUGCACAAGUCUUUUGGUCCUAUGAGGUCACUAAUGAAGUUGGUAGCCUGUUUACACCUGUUGAUCAAUUUAUAUGAAAAGUGUAUUUUGUGAAAUAUUUAAUAAAGUGCCAUUACUUUCUGUCCAGAAUUUCAUAGAAUUGAUAGUCAUUUACUUUGGCCAGUGGAGGUGUGUCUUGAGGGGAAAAUAAGCUCGCCACAUGAAAUUUUCCUGUCACUUAACUCCAAAUUCCGAGUGGUGGGUGAAGGUGGGGCUUGCCCAGAGAGGUGAGGUUGGAGCAGAGAAGAAGCUGUGCGCAAUCUCUAAUUGUGUUGUGGGUGAGAAGGAUUCCCACCAGAGGUAUAAUAUUGAAGAGUGACCUUACAGUGUCUAAUCUCCACUCGAACAUGGAGACACUGCCUGGGCUCCUAUUGACUUUCUUUGUUCUAGCCUGCAGGUUACUCCAGCUUUAUCCCUGCGGUGCUUCCACUUUGCUCCCAUUCUGCGACUUGGUAGGAAAUAGGAGAUGAAAACUAUUUCAUCCUCGUCUUGCCACCCUUGCUCCCAGCUACUGUUUUACACACCAUUGAUUCUGGAGUUACACCCAUAAUAAUAGUGCAAAACCUUUAAUGCAAAUUGUUUCUUUUGAAGAGCAAGAUUUUGUUAUGUAGGCUGAAUAUUUUAUCUUUUGCUUCUGGGUCCCUCUGACCACUGCCUGUUGUCAGUGAGCUGCUGUGCAAAAGAAACAUGAGGAUUCUGUCUGUUUACUCAGCCAUUGUUGGCUUGUUUCAAGACCAGAGACUUGUUUACCUGUAGUACUUGAAUUUUGAGAAUGUGGUUGUGAUGGUGAGAAUUAAAAUUCCUUUGCAUAUGACUCAGUAGAUUUUUUUCUUGCAGCUUCUCAAAGUUGAGUUUAUUGUUGUCUGCACAAGUACAUGUAUGCACAGGUUCAAUGAAAAACUUCUUGUGGCAGCAUUGCAGGCACAUAGCAACAUAUAAGCAGCAUUCACAAGAAAAAUAUGAAUUAAACAUAAGUCAUACAAUUUUUACAAAGAACACAAUUAGAACAAAACAAAAACAAAGUCCAUUUUAGUGCAAAGUGGUCAUGGUGUUGUUAAACUGUAGUGAUUAGUAGUAGUAGAGGACAUGCAUUUAAAGUGAGAUGGCUCUUGGGGGCCAAGUCCAUAGAUCCCUCAAAGUUGCUGCGCAAGUUGAUAGGGUUCUUAAGAAGGCGUAUGGUGUGCUGGCCUUCAUUAGUUGGAGAAUUGAGUUCAAGAGCCAUGAGGUAAUGUUGCAGCUCUAUAAAACUCUGGUUAGACCACACUUAGAGUACUGUGUUCAGUUCUGAUCGCCUCAUUAUAGGAAGGAUGUGGAAGCUUUAGAAAGGGUGCAGAGGAGUUUUUCCAGGAUGCUGCCUGGAUUAGAGAACAUGUUUUUUGAGGAAAGUUUGAGUGAGCUAGGGCUUUUCUCCACGGAGUGACGGAAGAUGAGAGGUGACUUGAUAAAAUGUGUGUAAGAUUAUGAGAUGGAUAGAUAGGGUGGACAGCCAGCAUCUUUUCCCUAGGGUGGCAAUGGCCAAUACCAGUGGACAUCCAUUUAAGGUCAGAGGAGGAAUGUUCAGGAGAGAUGUCAGAGGUAGGUUCUUUACAGAGAGUGGUGGGUGCCUGGAACGCACUGCCGGGGGUGGUUGUAGAGGCUGAUACAAUAGGGACAUUUAAAAGGCUCUUAGAUAGGCACAUGGAUGUAAGGAAAAUAUAGAGGGUUAUGGGUUGUGUAGGAGGGAAGGGUUAGAUGAUCGAGGGGUAUGUUUAUAUAGGUCAGCACAACAUCGUGGGUCAAAGGCCCUGAACUGUGUUGUACUGUUCUAUGUUCUAUGUAAUAUAAGGUCAGGAGUAGGCCAUAUGGCCACCUUAAUCCAGCUCCAUCAUUCAUUAAGAUUGCAGCUGAUUAGAUCAAUGCACCAUAGAAAACAUCCUAUCAUGGCUUGGUACAGCAACUGCUCUGCCCGUGACCACAAGAAACUGCAAAGAGUUGCAGACACAGCUCAGCACAUCCCGGAAACCAGCCUCCCCUCCAUGGACUCUGUCUACACUUCUUGCUGCCUCGGUAAAGCAGCCAAUAUAAUCAAAGACCCCAUCCAUCCCAGACAUUCUUUCUUCUCCCCUUUCCCAGAAGAAGGGCAGAAGAUACAAAAGCCUGAAAGCACAUACCACCAGGCUCAAGGACAGCUUCUAUCCCACUGUUAGAAGACUAUUGAACUGUUCCCUUAUAUGAUGAGAUGGACUCUUGACCUCACAAUCUACCUUGUUAUGACCUUGCACCUUAUUGUCUACCUGCACUGCACUCCCUCUGUAGCUGUGACACUUUACUCUGUACUGUUAUUGUUU